GGAUUCAAUCGAGAUCGUGCUCGCGCGUGUUUGCGUCAUGCAAAAUGGAUAACAGAACAUUUUUGUGCCUCUUAAUUUUGUGUUGUACUGCUACUUAUAUACAAUGUGGAAGAUUUGGUGGUAGAAGUUCAAGCCGAGGCAGUAGCAGGAGUAGUGGCAGCUCGUGGGGCAAGAGUUGGGGCUCCUCGAGUAAUAGUAAACCAAGUUACUCGUGGGGGAGUUCCUCUUCAUCACAUGGAUAUCCUUCAUCAUCUUCAGGACUAUCAGGAUCAAGCUCAAUAAGUAAACCCUCGUCAUCUUCAGGGUCAUCAUGGUGGAGUUCUGGGUCUUCUAGUUACCCAUCAUCAUCAUCUGGUUUAUCUGGAUCAGGAUCAAGCUCAAACAGCAAACCCUCGUCAUCGUGGUGGAGUUCUGGGUCUUCUAGUUACCCAUCAUCAUCAUCAGGCUUAUCUGGAUCAGGAACAAGCUCAAACAGCAAACCUUCGUCUUCGUGGUGGAGUUCUGGUUCUUCCAGUUACCCAUCAUCAUCUUCUGGACUAUCGGGUUCAGGCACAAGUACAAACAGUAAGCCUUCUUCAAGUUCAGGAUCUUCAUGGUGGAGUUCCGGUUCCUCAAGUUACCCCUCAUCAUCGUCAGGGUUAUCAGGUUCGGGAAGGAGUCCCAACAUCAAACCUUCUAGUUACCCCACAUCAUCUUCAGGACUUUCAGGAUCAAGUUCUGGAACUCAUAGUUACCCCUCGGGUUCUACUGGCUUAUCAGGCUCUGGAUCGAGACCAUCAAGUUCUGGAAGCCACUCGUAUCCUUCCUCUUCCACUGGAUUUUCGGGAUCACAAUCUUCGUACGGCAAGAAUAAUUACAAACCUUAUGACACUUCAUACAAACCGAGCCAUUCAUACAAUUCGUACGGAGGAACUGGAUAUAGACCUUCGUAUAAUCAUGGGACGCAUUACUACCCACCGUUAAGCGUCCCUUACCCGGUGCCAGCUUAUUACACUGCGCCUCAAUACGUGUACAUCAAUGAGUACAGGAAUUCGAACAGCCGUUAUGGAGAUUUAUUAACUGGAUUGACUUUGUACAAUCUUGGUCGCUCACAUAGUCACUAUCACGACCAUUACUACCACGAUGACUACUACAGACAAAGAUACUACAACUCUCAGAGUUCAGUACCGUACAAUGGACAGGCUGGGGAGAAAGCUAGUUGCCUUUUGAAAGUAAAAGAAAACGGAAAGGUUGAAGUUUUGAAAAUACCAUGUGAAAUAGUAUCUACUUUUACUCAAGAUAGCAAAAAAGUGACACCUACGUCUGAGACUCGAAUGAACCAAACUGUGUGUACAACUACAACAACAAUGAUCAACAAUACAGUGCCAGUUAAUACCAGUGUUGCGACGUUGACCAACAAUACCGUGCCACUCAAUGCUACCUCAUUAAAUACUACCUCAAAUUCAUCAGUUAUCGCUCCUUCCACGAACUCUUUAGUGACGACAAACACAACUAUGGUGAAUGUGACAGUGUGUUCGGCUAACUCAACAGUUAUAGAUCCUCUAACCAAGACCGGUCCGCCCGUUAACUCAAAGAACAUGGAGUGCUUAGUUGAGAUUCGUACCAAAGACGCGUUCCUCCAGAAUAAUGUGGAUUGUGGUACUUUGAUAGCUUAUGCCAGAAUGCCUGAACCGAAGAAAUCUCCUAAAAUGUUGCCAUCAAGAGAAAAAUUAAAGUCAUGGCUCUCUAAUCCUCCUUGGUGGAUGUCUAUGUUUAUAGCUGUGUGAAUUAUACAUUUAAAACCAAUUAGUGAUAUAUCACAGGUUUUGUAACAUAAAUAAGUUAGCGUUAUAAUGAUUUAAAUAGUUAAGUUAACAUGUUGUAAUGAUAAUGAUACUCGGUAGUCACAGCAUAAAUAAAUUAUGUGAUUGUCAAUAAUGUAGGUUACUGUAACUUACUGUAUACAUUUAUAGAUUGUCAAAUUUGUUUUUAGUAUAAACAGUGCUUUAGGUUUAAUUACCUAAAACAUCGUGGUAUACAUACGUGCCAUAAAACUGCAUUUACAAGUACAUAAUAUUCGUAGGUUUUUUUUAUUAAUAAAGCUGUUGUUUUUAAAA